AUGCCGGGGGUGAUAAAUAUGGACGAGUUGACAGACGUGGAUAAGGCUAAAAUGGAAAGAGACCAAAAGAAGAUUGAAGUCAAGCUUGAGAGAUGGAUGACGUCUAAGUGCUGCACUGAGUUUAUGGAGGCAGUUCAGGCCGGUGUAGAAGAGGACACUCUGGUCAAAGGCAUCGCAGAAGACAAGAACCCAUUCAAGGAGUUGAAAGGUGGAUGUGUCGUCUGCUGAAGAGGACAGGAGUCAGAACAGACAGUGGAGAUUUUCAUUCACUGAUUAGACCCUCUCUAGUGCCCAAGGACAUGCCCCCUUCCUAGGAAACAUAGCUGGAUCAGCAAUAGCUAACCAAGAGGC